AUGAACUCGAGCUACGGCGGCACGCUGGUGGAGGCAACUGCGCAUGCAGCUGCCGAGGACCUAAUCAGUAAUGGCCAAAUUCAAGCCAUUGUAACUCCUCAGAAGUCAGUCGUCAAAGCAGUAAAGUUUUCCCAGUUUGGAAACUUGAUGUUUAUCUGGAUGGAUGAAACAUAUUCGGGUAUACAUGGUGGCUUUGACAAAAAUAGUAGUGGCACUGGGACUAUGGAACUGGAACCUGUGUUCUGGCAAGAAAAUCCAGUAAUGACAUCUAAAGGGAGUGACAAGAUACUUGACCCUGAACCUUCACUCAAUCCAGAAUCCAAGAGCACAAAUGCCAGAAAAUUAUUAGUGGAACGAUUAUUAGUGGAAAGAAACUUGGGGAAGGUGUGCGGUGACAAUACUAUGAAGCCACUCAGGAUUGGCGUGCCACUAAAACCUGGUUUUGAAAAAUUUGUGAAGGUUUCCGAUCCUUGUUUAUAUUGCAAUGGUACUGAUAUUUGUUCUAGUACCAAGAAACAAAAUAUCACUGGCUACAGCAUUGAUGUCUUUGAAGCUGCUAUGAAGAAGCUACAGGACCCUCCACGCUAUGAGUACUGUGUUUUCGACGGUUCUUAUGACGGUCUAGUAGGCAGCGUAUCUUCAGGGAACCUGGACGGAGCAGCGGGUGAUGUGACCAUAACCUCUGACCGAAUCAAUACCGUGGACUUCACAAUGCCAUACACACAGUCGGGCGUGGCUUUGCUUGUGCGCCGUGACCGAUCGGAUCCAAUCCAGUGGAGAUUUUUAACCCCACUAAGCAAGGAGCUUUGGUUUGCAACCGUGGGAUUCUUCUGCUUCACUGGGUUUGUUAUCUGGAUGAUUGAGAGACCGAAAAAUCCGGAGUACCAAGGAUCAGCUAUGGGACAGUUCAGCACUGCUGCCUACUUUGCUUUCUCCACUCUGACGUUUUCUCACGGUCAAAUUGUUAGAAGCCCAUUGUCACGAUUUGUUGUGGUGAUAUGGUGUUUUCUAGUGCUGGUCCUGGUACAGAGUUACACAGCAAGUUUGUCAUCCUUGUUAACUGCAGAUAGGCUCCAGCCUUCGGUGAAGGAUCUGAACCAACUUUUGAAGGCUGGCGACUCUGUUGGAUACCAGAAGGGGUCAUUUGUGCACUCCCUCUUGAUGCAUAGAAAUUUCACCGCAGGAAAGUUAAUUCCUUAUUCUUCGGCAGAUGAUUAUGCUAAAGCUUUGAGGAAUGGAUCCAAGAACGGUGGUGUGUCAGCUAUCGUUGAUGAGGUCCCCUAUCUAAAAGCUUUCCUCUCUGACUCAAGAUACGAGGAAGAAUUCGAGAUUCAGGAUCAAAUAUUCAGAACCCCUGGUUUUGGAUUUGUAUUCAAUUCAUGUCAUUGUCAACUGGUGAAUAAUCUUUCCAGUGCAAUUUUGGACAUCACUGGAGGGGAAGAGAGCUCAACAAUCGAAAAAGAAUGGUUGGGCACAAGCACAGCUGAUGAUGCAUCGCUGACCAUAACCAAGGCAGAUUAUACACCUCUCACUCUGCGAAAUUUCUCUGGUCUCUUCCUGAACACCACGGACAACAUUUCUGUCCUUGAUCACCCCCAUCCUGAAGCCACAAACGGUGAUCACCAAGGUGGCCACGGGAGUGAUUGGUCUGUCCCUGAGGAGCUCCUCAAUGAAGCAAUAAGCCACGAACGUGGACAUAAUAGCAGUGCAAGUGCUGGAGAGUGUAGUGCUAAUGCAGUGCAUGAUGGCUCUGCGCCUGCACAAUCAUUGAAGAUGAUCGAGAUGAACAUUGUCUGA